AUGGACAUAACGCUCAUCGCAGGAUUCUUCCUCGAUUCACAUUCUCCUGUCACGACCCUCCUUCAUUCUAUGUGUGCCGCACACGACACAAGCCUCUCCAAUCUUUCCCCCAUCCCCAUCCUCCUCUCUUCCCGCCUCGGAAAGCUCGUAAUCACCGAAGGCGAAGAGCAGAGAUGCACCGCGACACCUGCUGUCUCCACACGCUCUGAUGCACUCCUGCUGACGAUCGGGGAGCACAGCUAUGGGACAAAGACGCCUUCGUCUCUGCUCUUCGUCCUUCUUUUGAGUGACCCGAUGGUCUCAACAUGCUAUAUCUCCAGGUCUAUUGAACAAUGUUACUUCCUUCUAUGCGGCGGGCACGCCGAGGCGCGUCACAGUACUUCUGCGGCACUUCGUUCUGUAACCACUGUCGAGGAGAAUCAAAUUGUUGACCCUCUCUCGAGCGGUUUCAGUGUGAUGUUGUUUGAAGCCGAGGUGCUGUGCCUCGUUCCAGCCGUGUUCUCUCCGUACUGGGCUUGA